AUGGCGACCAAAUUCUCGAGAAGCCGGACCCUUGCCUCGGCUCUACGGCCCGCGAGGCCCUUGGUGCCUGGCCGCAGCGAACAUGCCAUCCGUGCCUUCUCAAUCUCGGCUCCUCAGUUUGUCGCCAUGCCCAAGGAAUCCGAGAACAUGCGGAAGGCUCCGCGGGAGCAGAUUGGAAAGCUGCAAGCGCCCAUUGUGAACCCCGCCGACAAGUACCAGGGCAAGGCUGAGGACCUUCAUCGCUACGGGGCGUGGGUGAUGGGCUGCAUGCCCAAGUUCGUUCAGCAGUUCUCCGUUUGGAAGGACGAGCUCACGAUCUACAUUUCGCCAUCCGGGGUCAUUCCCGUCUUCUCAUUCCUGAAAUACAACACAGCCGCCGAGUUUACCCAGGUCAGUGCCAUCACAGCCGUCGACUUCCCCACGAGGGAGAACCGUUUCGAGGUCGUCUACCACCUGCUUUCCGUCCGCCACAACGCCCGCAUCCGAGUCAAGACCUAUGCCGACGAGGCAUCCCCCGUACCGAGCAUCACAAGUCUCUUCGAUGGCGCCAACUGGUACGAGCGCGAGGUAUAUGACAUGUUCGGCGUUUUCUUCACUGGGCACCCCGAUCUGCGACGCAUCAUGACCGAUUACGGUUUUGAGGGACAUCCACUGCGGAAGGAUUUCCCCUUGACAGGAUACACGGAGGUUCGCUACGACGAGGAGAAGAAGCGCAUCGUCACGGAACCUUUGGAGCUCACGCAGGCGUUUCGUAAUUUCGAGGGUGGAUCGAGUGUUUGGGAACAGAUUGGGUCGGGUGAAGAUCGCAAGCCGGAAUCCUUCAAGCUGCCGACGGCCAAACCUGAGGAGAAGAAGGAGGAGCCAAAGAAAUAG